AUGUCUCAACGCAGCAUCAUCAAGGAUAUCGUUAUCACUCCAGUGGCGUUCCAUGACAUGCCCCUGCUGAAUAGUGUGGGAGUUCAUGAACCCUUUGCACUAAGAAGCAUUAUCGAAAUCAUCACAGAAGACUCGUACGGUCUUGGAGAGUCUUAUGGAGACUCGGCUCAUCUGGACCGGUUACGAAAGGCUGCCGAUAAGAUAAAGGGCCUCUCUGUAUACAGCACAAACGUUAUCUAUCAAAGAUGCGUUGAGUCCCUUCACAAUGAUACCAACACUGGAGGCGAUGGGAUGGGCGGCAUGGUCGUAACGGCCUCCGUUGCUGACAAAGUCUUUUCGCCAUUUGAAGUUGCCUGUCUUGAUUUGCAGGGCAAGCUGUCAGGCAUAUCCGUCAGCGACUUGCUCGGAGGCCGUGUCAGAGACUCUGUCCAAUACUCUGCAUAUCUUUUCUACAAAUGGGGAGGUCAUCCUGGCGACGAAGACGAUGAAUAUGGACCUGCGCUAGACCCAGAAGGGGUGGUGAAGCAGGCCAAAAAGAUCAUAGACGAGUACGGUUUCAAGGCCAUCAAGCUCAAGGGUGGUGUUUUCCCUCCAGCCGAUGAGGUUGCAGCGAUCAAAGCUCUACACAAGGCGUUUCCUGGCGUGCCGUUGAGGCUUGAUCCGAACGCUGCGUGGACCGUUGAGACUUCGAAGUGGGUUGCCAAAGAACUCGAAGGAAUUGUGGAGUACUUGGAGGAUCCUGCUGGGGAGAUUGAAGGCAUGGCUGCUGUGGCCAAAGAAGCAUCUAUGCCUCUGGCUACAAACAUGGCAGUCGUUGCUUUCGACCACCUACCUCCCUCGAUCUUGCAAGAUGCCGUACAAGUCAUCCUAUCAGAUCACCACUUCUGGGGCGGCCUUCGCAAGUCUCAAACUCUAGCAUCUAUCUGCGCUACUUGGGGCUUGAGGCUCUCCAUGCAUUCCAACAGUCACUUGGGUAUUUCGCUUGCUGCGAUGACACAUCUCGCCUCUGCAACUCCCAAUCUCGACUACGCCUGCGACACUCAUUGGCCAUGGAAACGUCGUGAUGAAGACGUUGUUAUUGAAGGGGCCUUGAAGUGGAAGGAUGGAGGCGUGAUUGUACCUUCAGGUACUGGUCUAGGUGUCGAGUUGGAUAGGGAAAGGCUGGCCAAGCUUCAUCAACAGUAUUUGGACUGUGGACUGAAGAAGCGUGAUGACACCACGUACAUGAAACGGUUUAAGCCGGAAUUCUCGGAGAAAAUACCUCGUUGGUGA